AUGCUGAUUAUAGCGUCCCGUGGCCUCUGCCAGCUUCGCCGCCCGGCACCAUGGCGAUACCGUGCCGUUACGGCUCCCGCUGCUGAAGCCGGGCGGGCCGAGCCACCUCGCGCCGCUCGCCCAGUCGGAGCUGCCCUCUGCCAGGGCGUUGGCGGCGAGCCGCGGCAGAAGAACGCCCAGGUCGUCAUCCUGACGCGCGUGGAGGAGGGCCGGCCGGGCGGAGGGCCCCGCGUGCUCCUCCAGCUCCGCUCCCGCGAGAUGCCCGUGAUGCCCGGCCACCUGGCCACGGUGGGCGGCAUGCGCGACCGCUCGGACCGCGACAGCCGCGACACCGCGCUGCGCGAGGUCUGGGAGGAGACGGGCCUCGUGGACCCGGGGCGCCUGGCCGGCGCGGCCGGCCCCGCGCGCCGGCGCGCGCUGGAGCUCGGCGCGCCGCCGCCGCUGGAGCUGCGGAAGUUCGGCGAGGGCGCGCAUGUGGACUGGUGGGUGCUGCUGCUGGAGGGGGCGGGGACCUUCGAGCCGAGGGCCAGGGACGCCCACGAGUGCCAGGACGCAGCCCCGGUGCUCCCGCUGCUGCCGGAGGGCUCCUCGCUGGCGCCCUGCUUCGGGCACGCGUGGGUUCGAUCCCCGACUCGACUGUCGCUGGACUCCGCGACCUCGGCCCCGGCAUACCGCUGA